AAGCGUAUACAGGACAUUGAUGAAGACGAAUCCGAGGUGUUCCGAUUAAGUUGUAUAAGAAAAAUAAUGCUGAACGUUGUCAGCAUGAAUUCGAAGCUCGUGAGCCGUUUUCGAAGCCUUCGGACCACCAACAAGUUUAUUGACAGCAUAAACAGACCAAAUAAAAGAUGUGUGCACAAAUGUGUUGUACACUGUCAGGAAGAACAAAAAGAGAUCCCAAAUGAGAUGAAAGAGUAUUGGAAAAGAAGAGAAAGACUUCUUGCAUCAAAUCCAGUAAAAUAUUCCACAGAAAAAGCUUCCAAAUGGGACAUGAAAACAAUGGGAACUGUUUCAAAGAAAGUUCCCUUUCAUAGGAGUAUGAGUGCUAUUUUCAGUUUGAUAGUGUUGAUCAUCUAUUUGAUAAAGCGUGAAGAGAACGACUUGGAUGAAGGUAUUAUGAAUGAAGGGAAAACUGCAGAAGAAUUUCAAGAAUACCUCAACAAACUGAAAGAAAAAAAAGAGAGGAAAAGAUAAUUAUUAAGAGCACUAAAUUAUAAGGUUCUGUUUGAUACUAGUUGACAUUUAUUAAUAACAACACUAUAUUUGUGGUGGGUAAUUUGAUAUACAUAGUGGAUGGAAAUAAAAUAAUUAAAAUUAA